GGGGCCUUAGGGCAGGUGAAGAUCAGCCACACAUCAGAACACGGGAGAGGAAGUUCACUGGGCUCUCCACUUGACCCAGGCCUUCUCUUCAGGCUCAGCUUUUGACAGGCCAACUUGAGACAUGUCUGACGCAAGGGAGAAUGGUGCGGGUCUAACUCGCUUCCAGGCUGAAGCUUCAGAAAGGGACAGUGGGUCGAUGAUGCAGACUCUAUUGACAGUGACCCAGAAUUUGGAGGUCUCAGAAACACUGAAGACCGCAAAGGCACCAGAGGUCUCAGAGGAUGUGAAGGUCUCAAAAGCUCCAGGGAUCUCAAAAGCCACAGAGGUCUCAAAGACCCCAAAGGCUCAGGAGGCAGCUGCUACCCAGGCCUCACCUACCACUCAGCUGACUGACACCCAGGUUCUAACAGCUGAAAACGAGAGUCCAACAGCUGACACCACGAAACAGAAUCCUGACCGGCAGGCUGUAACAAUGCCUGCCACUGAGACUAAAAAGGUCAGCUGUGUGGCUGAUAUGAAGGCCACAGAGACUGAGGAUAUUGCCUCUCAGGCUCCAGCGGAUGAACCUGAACCUGAGAGUACAGCUCCCCAGGUUCAGGAAAAUCAGGAUACUCGGCCCAAGAUCAAGGCCAAGAAAGCCCGGAAGGUGAAACAUCUGGAUGGAGAAGAAGAUGGCAGCAGUGAUCAGAGUCAGAGUUCUGGAACUACAGGUGGCCGAAGGGUCUCAAAGGCCUUAAUGGCUUCAAUGGCUCGCAGGGCUUCAAGGGGUCCCAUAGCCUUUUGGGCCCGCAGGGCAUCAAGGACUCGGUUGGCUGCUUGGGCACGGAGAGCCUUGCUCUCUCUAAGGUCACCUAAAGCCCGCAGGGGCAAGGCUCGCCGUAGAGCUGCCAAACUGCAGGCAUCCCAAGAGCCUGAAGCACCACCAACUCGGGAUGUGGCCCUUUUGCAAGGAAGGGCAAAUGAUUUGGUGAAGUACCUAUUGGCCAAAGACCAAACAAAGAUUCCCAUCAAGCGCUCAGACAUGCUGAAGGACAUCAUUAAAGAAUACACUGAUGUAUACCCUGAAAUCAUUGAACGAGCAGGCUAUUCCUUGGAGAAGGUUUUUGGGAUUCAGUUGAAGGAAAUUGAUAAGAAUGACCACUUGUACAUUCUUCUCAGCACCUUAGAGCCCACUGAUGCAGGCAUACUGGGAACGACUAAAGACUCACCCAAGCUGGGUCUCCUCAUGGUGCUUCUUAGCAUCAUCUUCAUGAAUGGAAAUCGGUCCAGCGAGGCUGUCAUCUGGGAGGUGCUACGCAAGUUGGGGCUGCGCCCUGGGAUACAUCACUCCCUCUUUGGGGAUGUGAAGAAGCUCAUUACUGAUGAGUUUGUGAAGCAGAAGUACCUGGACUAUGCCAGAGUCCCCAAUAGCAAUCCACCUGAAUAUGAGUUCUUCUGGGGCCUGCGUUCAUAUUAUGAGACCAGCAAGAUGAAAGUCCUCAAGUUUGCCUGCAAGGUACAAAAGAAAGAUCCCAAGGAAUGGGCAGCUCAGUACCGAGAGGCAAUGGAAGCAGAUUUGAAGGCUGCCGCUGAGGCUGCAGCUGAAGCCAAGACAAGGGCCGAGAUUAGAGCUCAAAUGGGCAUUGGGCUUGGCUCGGAGAAUGCUGCCGGACCUUGCAACUGGGAUGAAGCUGAUAUUGGACCCUGGGCCAAAGCCCGGAUCCAGGCGGGAGCUGAAGCUAAAGCAAAAGCCCAAGAGAGUGGUGGUGCCAGUGCUGGUGCCAGUGCUGGUGCCAACACCAGUACUAGUGCCAGUGCCGGCAGUAGCCUCAGUGCCAGUGCCAGCCUGACUGCCACUCUCACAUUUGGGCUCUUUGCUGGCCUCAGUGGAGCUGGUGCCAGCACCAGUGGAAACUCUGGUGCCUGUGGUUUCUCCUAUAAGUGAGAUUUCAGAUACUGUUAAUCCCAGCAGUCUUUCUCUUCAAGCCAGGGUGCAUCCUCAAAAUCCUGCUCAAUAUAGCACUCAAGGCAGCCACUAUCAACCGCUUGAAGUUGAUAAUCUGCAUUAAAUCUAUUUGCCAUUUCUGA